CGCCCUGCUGCGGCCGGCAGCCAAUGGGGCGGCGGGCGGCAAGCUCGGCUAUCGGAGGGGUGCGUAAGGGAGCGGUCCCCAUCUCAUUCGCUUCCUCUGGCGCUGCCGGUAGUUGCAGCCUGGCCUAUCCCGCUUGAGCGCCGGUAACCGCCACCCUCUCGGCAGUGUCAUGUGUAUUACCAACAUAGCAGCAGUGGAAUCAAUCUGCCUCUCAGUGUGCCCCAACCUAUUUGAGGUCCCAGCUGCAGGGAGCUUGCAGGACAGAAGAUUUCUGUGUGACAAGUAGACUUGAGAUCUUGAAGGCAGACAGCUGUUCAGGGAUGAAGAAAUUGCCCCAAGAUUCCCCAGGAGAUGCCUGAAGAAGAUAGCUAAUGUUCUCCCAGAGAUGAUCUUGGCAAACUGCUGAGGACAGGACACAAACUGUUAAGACAGCAAGUUCCUGCAGACUCCUUAGCUGUACUGAUUUUGAAUUGGUUGCUGUGGGCGAGGUCCAACUGUUGCUGCAGCUUGGGAAAUGCAUAGAACUUGCUCUUUCUGAAUGUUUGACUGCUGCUACCAGCUUGACUUACUGAGUGUGUUGCUCAUUUAAAGCAGUCAAAGCACAGGAUUUCUUGUUCAGGCUUCAGUGUUCUAAAACCUCUCUGAAGAUGGCAGAAGCUCAUCAAGCAGUAGCUUUCCAAUUUACAGUAACUCCAGAUGGGAUUGACCUGCGUAUGAGCCAUGAAGCUCUCAGACAGAUUUACCUCUCUGGUGUCCAUUCGUGGAAGAAAAAGUUCAUCAGAUUCAAGAAUGGAAUUAUCACUGGCGUUUAUCCUGCUAGCCCCUCUAGCUGGCUUAUUGUAGUUGUGGGUGUGAUGUCAACAAUGUAUGCCAAAAUUGAUCCUUCUUUAGGACUAAUAGCUAAAAUCAACCGCACACUUGAUACAACUGGCUAUAUGUCAAACCAAACCCAGAACAUUGUGAGUGGAAUACUUUUUGGCACAGGGCUUUGGGUUGCCCUCAUUGUCACCAUGCGCUACUCCCUUAAAAUGCUGCUUUCCUACCAUGGUUGGAUUUUCACUGAACAUGGCAAAGUUUCUGCAGGCACCAAGAUUUGGAUGACACUUGUAAAACUCUUCUCAGGACGCAAACCCAUGUUGUACAGUUUCCAGACAUCUCUACCACGACUACCAGUUCCAGCUGUUAAAGACACAGUCAAUAGGUACCUGGAAUCUGUUCGGCCACUCAUGGGUGAUGAAGAGUUCAAAAGAAUGGAGGCUCUAGCUCAAGAUUUUGCAUUCAAUUUGGGACCAAGGCUUCAGUGGUAUUUGAAGCUAAAAUCCUGGUGGGCCACUAAUUAUGUUAGUGACUGGUGGGAAGAGUAUAUCUACCUCAGAGGACGUGGACCUAUUAUGGUUAAUAGUAACUACUUUGCAAUGGACUUCCUUUAUUUAUCUCCCACAACCCUGCAGGCAGCUAGAGCUGGUAAUGUUAUCCAUGCCAUCCUGCUCUAUAGGAAAAAACUGGACAGACAAGAAAUCAAGCCAAUUCUUCUGCUGGGAUCUACUGUUCCACUCUGCUCAGCUCAGUGGGAGAGGAUGUUUAAUACCUCCCGAAUCCCAGGAGUGGAAUCAGAUACUCUCCAGCAUGUGAAAGACAGCAAGCACAUCGUUGUGUAUCACAAGGGCCGUUACUUCAAAGUGUGGCUGUAUCAUGAUGGGAGACUCCUGAGACCCCGAGAAAUUGAGCAGCAGAUGCAGAGAAUCCUGGAUGAUGAUUCAGAGCCUCAGGCUGGUGAAGAGAAACUAGCAGCUUUUACUGCAGGAGAUAGAGUACCCUGGGCUAAAGCUCGUCAGACUUACUUCAGCCGUGGAAAGAACAAACAGUCCUUGGAUGCUAUUGAAAAAGCAGCAUUUUUUGUGACAUUGGAUGACGCUGAGCAAGGGUACAGGAAAGAAGAUCCAGUGAGGUCACUGGAUGCAUAUGCAAAAUCCUUAAUGCAUGGCAGAUGUUAUGACAGAUGGUUUGAUAAAACAUUCACUCUUAUAGUAUUCAAAAAUGGCAAAAUGGGCAUGAAUGCAGAACACUCUUGGGCAGAUGCUCCUAUUCUUGGACACCUGUGGGAGAAUGUCAUGGCAACUGAGUAUCUUGACCUGGGCUAUUCAGAAGAUGGGCAUUGCAAAGGAGAUACCAAUAAAAAUAUUCCUAUUCCUACAAAACUGCAGUGGGAAAUUCCAGAAGAAUGCCAAGAAAUGAUUGAGAGGUCUCUGAGCACUGCUGUAGCUUUGGCAGACGAUGUGGAUUUUCAUUCCUUUUUCUUUGAUGCUUUUGGGAAGGGACUAAUAAAGAAAGCAAAAACCAGCCCUGAUGCCUUUGUGCAGCUUUCCCUGCAACUCGCUCACUAUCGGGACAUGGGAAAAUUUUCUUUAACAUAUGAAGCCUCUAUGACACGUUUGUUCAGAGAAGGCAGGACUGAAACUGUUCGUUCGUGUACUGUGGAGUCAUGUAGAUUUGUUCAGGCCAUGGAAGACCCAGCUGAAAGUAAUGAAAACAAGCUCAAGUUCUUUAGGCUUGCAGCUGCCAAACACCAGCACUUGUAUCGCCUGGCUAUGAUUGGUUCUGGCAUUGACCGCCAUCUCUUCUGCCUUUAUGUGGUGUCCAAGUACCUGGCUGUAGAUUCUCCUUUCCUGAAGGAAGUUUUGUCAGAGCCCUGGAGGCUGUCAACAAGUCAGACACCCCAGCAACACAUUGAUCUAAAGAAGAACCCUGAAAUGUUAUCCUGUGGUGGAGGAUUUGGACCGGUGGCUGAUGAUGGUUAUGGUGUUUCUUACAUAAUCUUGGGUGAAAAUGCCAUCCAUUUCCAUGUGUCCAGCAAAAUAUCUUGUUCUGAGACGGAUUCUCAUCGGUUUGGAAAAAACAUCCAGAAAGCAAUGAUUGACAUCGUGGGUUUAUUUAACCUUACUAAAAACAUUAACAAGUGAUUUACCUGACUGGUGCCAAGCAAUCUCCUGUUGCUGGGAUGAGAACUCUUCUGAAAUGAGCAAGAUUUGUCAGACAGCAGGUGGUGAAGACACUGAGUCAACAUCUUCUUGAUCACCUAUGAAAACCUUAGCAGUGUAUCAAAUGUGUAAUUAAUUGGGGUUUUUUUAGUAGUUUGGGAGAUUUUAUUUCCCUAUUUCCACAAAGGAUGACUUGAAAUCUUACUGUUUCUAGGGAUGAAGUGUAGUAUCAUUGCAUGAAGUCAUGUAUAUUCUAACUCCUGCAGUUUUCUCUUAAUUUGUAUAUACUUGCUCUUUUUUUACUUAAAAAAUUAGUCUACUUGUAUUCCAGAAUCAAAGGGAUAAAACACACUCUUCAAUAUUAGAAAAAGUUUGAUUUGCUAUGUAUUAAUAGCAGAACAUUCCUUAGUGUAUCUGCAGCUUUAUGUAAAUGAAUGACAGAACUUGUGGCUCUUUAUCUUCGUUGGUCUUGGUUUGGUUUUUUGGGGAGGUGUCUGGGGUUAAAGGUUAUUUCUCUAAAUUAUACAAAAAUGAUCCUUGCUAACCUGUAGCACACCAAGAUGUAGAAACUUGGGGGGGGGGAGGGACUGGAGAAACAGCACCAUGGAGUAGAGCUACACUGGGUAAUAAAAUGCCACCUAAUUA